AUAGCGCUUUUCACAAUGUGCAUUGUUCCAAAGCAGCUUUACAGGGGCAAACAGGAAAAACAGAAAAGAUAAAACACAGCACAGUGCAUGGUGUUUAUAGAACAACCAAGAUCAUUUUUAUAAAUAAUAUCUAAUUAAUAAAUAAAUAAAUAAAUGCAGUCUCCCGGUGAGCAAGCCAACACUGCCCUGCUGUGGCAGUGGAAUUCAUUGAGGAAAUCAAUAGAAAUCGCGGAUAGAAUUUAUUUGCCGGAGAAUGAACUAAACAAAAUAAUAGCAUUUCUAACCAUACUGUAGGAGGUUAAGGUUAAUUGAAGAGAGAUUGCUCAUGAUUGUUGUUGUACAGUCUGGUCUGGUAUUCUGUCUGUUGAAACAGUUGAUGGUAUGCAGACCAAAUGAUGGAAUGGCAAUCAGAGCGAUAAUGAUGACUGUAGUCCAAACAUCCACUACAGAUACCUUACUAUAACAGAUGCGUCUUGAAGUUGCAUGUUGUACUUUUCUUACAGGUUUUCACAAACAAAUUGAAUGACAAUGGGAACCAUUCAGUGGUAAGUAGCACAUAAGCUCUAUUUGGACGGUAAUUGUUUUUCAUAGGGGCAUAAGAUAUUUUCACCAAGUCAGUAAUUUAAUUGCCAUCUGAAGCGUAAAAAUCCACGGUUGAAUUAACAGAUGACCCAUCCAGAAUGUUUGAAGAUUGCAGAUUGAUUGAACCAUGCAGAUUUCUUUUUACAGACGUCCUCUUAAAAAUACAAUUACCACCUGAAAGCUGUGAUGUAAUAAUAACUAAAUGCUCCUUAUACAGUGGUUCUCAACAGGGGUCCCAGCUGACUUUCAAGAGAGCCACAAGUUGACUUUUUUCUAACAAAAUAAGCAUUGAAAUACAUUUACGAAAACUAAAAAACAAGAUAUUUCUUAUUAUUUGGCCAUUUUUCUGAUUCAUAAUUUUUUUUUGUUAUUUAAUUGGGUAGAAAUUUAGAGUUUUUGUGAGUGAUGAGGGGGCCUUUGAAUAUUCUUGAAUAUUUGGGGAGCUUGGAGUCAAAAAGGUUGAGAACCCCAGUCCUAAUCCAUCUGCAUGAUUCAAGCUUGUAUGAUCCUUUGUUGUUCUUUUGUUUCGUUGUUCCACGAAUGCAAGACAAUGGAUUUUUCCUGUUCAUAAUAAAGACAAUUUUUUACAUUGAGUGAGAACUGAUCCAGUUUCGAGGAAUUUCACUGGGGAAAAAAAUCAAGCAAUUACUGGGGGAAAAAUGUUCACUAUUAGACAUAAUGGAUUUAGUGUUUCAUAGCUCAUGCAGGAAAAGUGAUGGACUGUCCAGUGAGUUCUAUGUCAUAAUAUUUCAUCAUAAAAAGGACAUGUACACUUUGCUUGCAAAUGAAUAGAAACAGAAAAUCAAGCAAUUGUGGAAACACAUGGCUGCAUAAUCUUUUUUACUAUGACAAAAUCUGGAACUGGCUGUGAUGUGUUUCUUUCCCAGGACCUUUUCAAAGAUUUCUUUCCUCAUUAGUCUUUGAGGAUGUAGUGGAAUUCUGAGCAUGUUCUGCAGUGAAACUAGUCUCUCUUGAGUUCAUUCCCACCCCCUCUGCUUGACUGAGCUCUGCCCCUUCAGAUGCAGCCUGGGCUUUAUCUUCAUGCUGAGAGUCAUUCAGCAGCGGUAACCCAGCGCAGGGCACAGGAUUGUGAGGGGAACAGUAGCCAUGGCCGUGUUGUCAGCUCUUCAGCUUCUAUUUCUGUGCCAGCUGUUAACAUCAUCUUUUGCCCAGAGGCCAGGUCCGCGUGGUUCACCUGGACUGCCAGGGCCACCUGGACCCCCAGGGAAAGAUGGCAUUGAUGGUAAGGAUGGUCCUGCUGGACUUGCUGGAAAGCCUGGGCCAAAGGGAAAAGCUGGUAAACCAGGGGCCGCUGGAAGCCCAGGAAUACCCGGCCUCCCUGGAGUGGAUGGUUUGACAGGUCCUGAUGGUCCCGCUGGAAAGGAUGGACCACCAGGAGCAAUAGGCGAACGGGGACCUCUCGGACCACCAGGACCCCCUGGCAGAGGGAGGCCAGGAGCUGCAGGUCUUUCUGGAGCUGAUGGUCUUCCAGGUGGACCAGGACCUCAGGGUCCGCCUGGACCUGAGGGUCUUCCAGGACUUUCUGGUCAGCCAGGCAAAGACGGACCACCUGGGCUUCCAGGAACUCUUCCUGAAGGUAGUGGAGACCUGCUGUGUCCAUCCAUCUGUCCUCCAGGUCCUCCCGGACCUCCUGGAAUGCCCGGAUUUAAGGGUCAUACAGGUCAUAAAGGAGAUAAGGGAGAGGUGGGAAAAGAUGGAGAACUGGGCGAUCAGGGUCCGCCUGGUCCUCCCGGAAUCCCGGGUACAGUGGGUUUACAGGGUCCCCGUGGUCUGAGGGGUGUGCCGGGUCCAGUAGGGCCAGUGGGUGAUAGAGGAUUGCCUGGCUUCAGAGGAAAACCCGGCAUUGCUGGUGUCAUUGGAAAAACGGGUGACUCUGGUGAAAAGGGACCUCAAGGUUUUAAAGGGCCCAAAGGAGAGAUUGGAAAAACGGGCCCUAAGGGAGUUUCGGGAGGUGUAGGACCCAAAGGCGAACCUGGCAUGCCAGGUCGAGAUGGGAAGGACGGGACUCAAGGCCUGGAUGGUGAAAAGGGCGAUGCUGGACGACCUGGGGUAUCUGGUGAGAAAGGACCUAAUGGAUUGCCUGGUUUGCAAGGAAAAGCUGGUAGCAAAGGAGCCAUGGGAGAAGUUGGAAAACCGGGGGAGAUGGGAAAAAACGGACCAUCUGGAGAGCCAGGUAUCCCUGGCGAGAUUGGCAUCCCUGGAGAGAGAGGAGAGGCUGGACCCAGAGGUGUAGCUGGUGGCAUUGGACUACUUGGAAACGCUGGUCCACAAGGUGUAAAAGGAUUCCAGGGUGUUAAUGGUGCUCUUGGGGAUCCAGGUUUACCCGGCCCGACUGGAAUCAGAGGCGGGUUUGGUGAGAGGGGUCCUCUUGGGGCUAGAGGUCCUAAAGGAGACAUGGGUGUGGCCGGAAGUGACGGUUUACCAGGAGAGAAUGGAGAGCCUGGUCCCUAUGGCCCUGUCGGGCAGAAAGGAGAGUCUGGUAAGCGUGGUGAACUCGGACCUAAAGGAGUUGCAGGACCACAGGGAGAAACAGGACCUAGAGGUGCACCUGGAAGAACGGGAACAAUGGGAUUACAAGGAGAGCAAGGUUUUCCUGGAGUUGCUGGGAAGACUGGUGUUCCUGGCAAACUGUCCAGUGAGCAGCACAUCAGGGAACUGUGUGGAUCAAUGAUUGAUGAUCAAAUUGCUCAGCUGGCCGCAAACCUAAGAAGACCUCUGGCCCCUGGUGCUGUGGGACGCCCCGGACCUUCUGGACCUCAAGGGAGGCCAGGAGAAGUUGGAUCCAUUGGUCACCCUGGAGCACGUGGUCCACCAGGUUAUAGAGGACUGCCAGGAGAUCUUGGCGAUUCUGGUCCAAGAGGGGAUUUUGGUGAGCCGGGUGAUAAGGGUCCAGUUGGUAAAGCCAUCGAAGGGCCUGCUGGAGACCAGGGUGAACAAGGUUUGCCUGGUGUGAAUGGCGUCGUUAAAGACGGGCGUGAUGGAGCACCUGGAGAUCCAGGAGAGCAAGGAGAAGCCGGAAGAACAGGACGCACAGGACACCAAGGAUCACCUGGAAUCUGUGACACGUCAGCAUGCCAGGGUGCUGUGGUUCAUGGGAAGUCUUCCAAUCCCAAGAACCACUAAAAACAUCUGCAUGAUCAGGAGAGACAAGAGAACGAGAGUGAAAGAAAUAAAAUAAUUCACUUUCAGAAGUGUUUUUGAGAGGAAUAUGUAAAGAAACGUUUGUGGAUCUUCACAGGAUUUCAGCGAUGAACAAACGAGAGUGGAACUGUGUGAUUUCGACUCAAUCAGCAUAACUGAUGAACAACCUCAGACUUGAAUCACCAGUAUGUGUUGAUACAACAAAAGACUAAACUUCACUGAGAGACGGGAGAAGCUGACUGAAAGAAAAACUAAGGACUUGAUCAAAAUCAACAAAUGUAGAAAUAUUUAACGUUUUACUGCACCAGCAUUUUCAAAUUUUUUGUGUUUUUAAUUUUUUUGCUUUGUCUUCCUUAAAUGUGUACAAAAUCACUCUUUGAAGAAUAAAAAAAUGCAUCGAUUCAGAUGCUCCAAACUCUUGUAUAAAUCUUUAGGCUCUAAACUCGAUUAACAUUAUACAUUAUUUUAAGUACUAUUUAUUUCCGAGUUACUGUUGUGUGUACAGUAGAUUGCUACAGCACGAUGUAAAAAAUAAUAAAGACACUUUUCAGUAAAUAA